AUGGGAUUGCCCUCGGAGGCCAUCUCUGCACUGGUCAAGUACCUGGAUAUCAACUACACCGACUUUGAGGGAUGGCUCCAGCUCGCCGAUUUGUACUUGGAUGAGCUCACGUACGCACAGGCUGCGUUUUGCAUGGAGGAGGUGUUGAUGCUUCAACCCCAGAACCACAUCUUCCACCUCAAAUAUGCCGAGAUUCUUUACACACAGGACAACUUCCAGUUGGCAUUGAAGCAGUUUUGCCGCGUCGUCGAGUUGUGCAGGGAUCAUGUCCGUGGACUUUAUGGAAUCAAGAUGUGCGCUUCUCGCUUGUUGAAGGCAGCACCAUCAAAAGACGCAGCAGCAGCAACAUCGCAUGAGGAUUUGGAGGCUAUGGACUUGUUGGCCACAGAGCGUUUGAUCGCCCUCUAUGGCGCCCCAGGUGCUGCAGCCGAGUCAUCCAAAGUGGCCGCUACCAAGUGGAUCGAGAUCCAGUAA